AAAAUCCAUUCAUAGCAACCGCUGAUAACAAUAACCAAAUCAAGUACACUAGCAAGUGCAUACUGACUAGGAAGAUACAAAAAUUGAUUGUUGAAUAAAUUUAAGAAUUGAAGUUCACGUAAUGGGUGAAAUAGUGCCUUACACUGAAAAGACCGAAUCUUUCGAAGAUCUCCAGCAUCGAUGCCAACCAUUUAAACUGGAAUGGAUCUUCGGAUUCAACCCAAGAAUUCCCGUGGUCAACCUGACGAGUAGCCGCGAGGUCAAAGAGAUGGUCAUGGCUUCAGGGAAUUCUAUGAUUUUCUACAAAUUUGAGAAUCAAGUGGAGUCUAUUCAAACCUUGGUUGGUCAUAAAGGCUCUAUCAAUACGAUAACCGUUGAUGGCAGUGGUCGCUUCGUUGCAUCAUCAGACAGCACCUACUGUAUCAAUAUUUGGGAUCGAGAAGCAGUUCCGGACGGACCACCCGUUGCCAUUCGGACCAUUUAUGAACCAUUGAAAGCGAACGAGAUCAAUACGGUGGGACUGAGUCACGAUGCGAGAUACCUGAUUGCGGCUUGCAGUGGAUCUCAGCAGCAACUUCUGUUGAUAUGGCAGUGGACCGUCGGUAACGACAGUCCUGAUGACUGUAUUUCUUUGCCACCACGACUGGGUAAAACGAAAAACAUUAGAUUUUGCACAGAUCUUGGAAGAAAAAAUCAUUUCGUAGUCACUAUGGAAAACGCUGUUAUCUUUGGAUAUUUUGACUCGAAAAAUCAAAAGCUUCACAUAGAGGUGCCAAAAAAGCAUGGAUUUCAGGAUUACAAUGAUUCAACUUUCGUCGAUGACACCUCCAGGGCUGUAUCGGUCACGGCCGCUGGUAUGGCUAUUAUCUGGAGUGAUGACAAAAAAGUAUUUACUCCCAUAAAGAAGCAGUUCCUGAAGUAUCUCCAUCUGAAAUACGCAUCGAUCAAUGUGAUAAAGUGUUGUGAUCAAAAGCUAGUGACCGGUGAUGACGAUGGAGAGAUUAGGUUCUAUGACAUCCACAUGAGGAUUCUUUAUUGGUUCAAACAGGAAGAUCCGGAGCCAAUUCGAACAAUUUCGUUCAACAUCUUGUCGAGAAAGUACGUUUUGGACAACGGGCAAGAGCAUUCGCCAGAGGACACCGACGAGGAAGUGCUAUCCUACGAUGCAUUACCAAGAGACGUGUCUCUUGAAGGAAACCCUGUCAUUAUAAGGAAUUUUGUGAUGGCUACCAAAACUGGACAUCUUUUUGAUGUCGAUAUCGUACAGAACAAAAUCCAGGAGCUGUAUUAUUCUUCAGGGAGUAUUAUCACUUCGUUUGACGUUCAUCCUGUCGACUCCCAGCUUUGUUCCUGUGAUGGAAAUGGUAAAAUGACACUAUAUAACCUCGAAGACAAACAGGCCAUUAUGAGUUUGAGCGUACCCAUCCAGAGAACCCGUCGUGGAAGAAUCACCGUGCUCAGCUAUUCCCCAUGUGGAACGUAUCUUCUUGGUGGCGCGGAAAACGGUUACAUUUGGGUCAUCAAUCCUGCUACGAUGAUCAUCAGUUCGGAUAGUCCGUUGCAAAACACCGUUGAAAAAAUAAAUUUUCUGAGUUUUUCACCAGACUCAAAAUAUUUCGUUUUUGUUGAUGAUGAAGGUUGUAUUGGUUUACUCCAUCGGGAAUAUGAAUGCUGGAAACUCAUCGGCAGAUGUUUAUCCCACAAAGUGGUAGACAUAUUAUUUAUAUCAAACGAAAAAUUUCUUACGAUUGGAGACGACAGGCAUUUAGUCCAGUAUAAAAUCGACGCAAACGAAACAGUGGGCACGGAUAGGCUGAUGAUUGACGAACGUUUUAAAAUUGAACAAUCGGCUCAUAGCACAGCGUUUCUACUGCUACCAUCAGAUCAACUAUUGGUGGCAAACGAUCAAUUCAAAUUCAAGAUAUUCAAUCUAAAUUCAUCGUUUGGCAUAUUACAUACCUUCUUGGCGCCCUUUCACGAUGGACCAAUUCGAAAACUAUCUCUUUUACCCGGAGAUCACUUCUUCACGUUUAUGACUGAUAAAAACAUCUACAUUCAUCAACUACCAAUCGAUGGCAAUCCAUUCAAAUAUUUGGGGACUUUUUCUCAUCCCAAGAAGCUGCGGGCUAUGCAUAACAUGCGAGACCAUUUUGUGUUCUGCUACGGGGAGGGAGAUCAUGGCAUCAGCAUGUGGAGGAUCAAUGCUAUACCGCUGAUUGAAAAUCAAAAGUUUUGCGGGUCCGGUUUGGACCCGUACUGUUCACUUCUUCCCGGUGGCAAAAGCGGAUGCUAUGUGAAGGAAAUGCUGAGCUUAUUCUUCUACAACCAAAUCUCGCCAAAGCACAACGAAGAAGAUACGGACAUUUCGAUACGCGAUGCAAUGGAUGUUAGAGAUGUACCAAACUAUAUGAGAAGCAUUGGGUUUCAUAUGACUCAAUUUGAGGAAGACAACCUCACCAAAGAAAUCGAACAAAUGGGAACAUUAUUCCUCACAUUCGAAGAAGUCGUAAAACUGUUUCUAAGCCAUAGGACACUAGCGAACCCGGAUUGUGAAGAAAUUCGAGCGGCGAUAACUUUGGCAACGAAAGGAGUUUUUGAUCCGGUCGAUCUACAGCUAUUCAACGAACAGUUGGCCGUCCUCGGCGAGAAGAUGGACCCGAAAGCGAUGGAGUUCUAUUGCCGAGCACUAUUUCCAGAGUACACACCUGACACCGAGGCGGACAAAUUUCUGGUCCCGUUGGAUGAAUUGGUAGAAAAACUAUGUUAAAAACCGUGUUUUUUUUCUGUUUGGCAUAUCUCUUUAUUUAAAUUCUUUUUUCUCUUGGUUUACAUAGGAAAAUUACUUAUCAAAAAUAUACCUUUUUGGAACAUUUUUCUUAUCAGCUAACUUUAAACAAGUAGCUACUAACACAAACGGCUGAAACAAUUCAACCUCUCCCCUCUUAUUAGACAAUAAAGAUCAAUUCUAUGGCAAUGGGAUAGCAAAUGGAGGGAUAAAUGACGAAAUCAAGAUAGCGAUUCGUCAUGACUUGCUCUGACGGGAAACACGCAUUGGAAGAAACUUAACGCACUAUUUACAAUCUAUGCGGAAACCUGCUCAUAUCCUAGCUGGUUUACUUAGAUUGAGUUCUGAGUAAAACAAAUCAGAAAACUAACAUUCAGAAUAAAGAUACAUUCAAUAACAUUACUUUUCCUACGUUAAGAAGGGUUCUUAUAUUUAUAAAUCACAUCGUCGUUUUGUUUGGGUUUUUGUUUACACCGCAGUUUACACCGCAUUUCCUAUAUUACUAGUCCCAGAGUAGGGCAAUGUCUCCUCCUUCUGAUAUUUUGGACUUAUCGUUUGAUUGAAAUGUAGGUACAUCAAUAUUUGACUGUUAGUUUAUCUUCACAUACUGUUGUCGUAUUAUUCCGAUGGUUCACAUCUCGAAAGGCACGCUUCGCAUCAACAAGUCUCACAGCUUAGCUUUUAACACAUUGUUUUUAAUUCUUUGUUGUGUUGAUAUUAGAUUAUCAUAACGAUUUUGGAUAACUUAUAAUUUACGUUUAAUUUAGUUCAACUUUCGCCCAAAACAAUGUAACUUUAUAACACUUUUUAAUCCUGACAAACCUAAAUAAUUAAUCAUUUUGUUUCUUGUAUAAACGAGUUCAAGACAGUUUUAAACAAACUACUAAAAAAUAAUUUAGAAAUAAGGUCGAAAAAAAAAUCCGAAAUGAAAAAUUAAAUUUUGAGUAUAAAGACGAUUCCAGAUUAAAAAUACAUCCAAAGUAAAAAAAAUAAGAAAAGUGUAACACAAAUUCGAUGUCCGUUUCCGGUUCAGCUUCCCUUUUUUGUGUGAUAUUCGAUAUCGAGUUGCUGCUGCUGUACUGUUGCUCUGCCUAUCUGGUUGUCCUCUGUGCACGAUGAUUUCUUCGGCUGCCUUCAAUCUGUGUACGGAUCGAUCGAUGAGUGGUGCUGCUUAGUAGUCCUUCCCCUUGCUGUUGUCCCGAAUA